CCAAGACGGCCCAGAAGGCGCCGAAUUCAGCCCAAGAGUGCUCCAGGAGAGUCCGUAGCCAUGUUGGCUCAAGCCUCCGCGCCGAUUUCGUCUCAAGGAGUUACUCUGGUCGGCCUUGGUGGCGAAGACAGGAAUGUCACCGCCCAUGCCGGAAGGAUGUGUCGAAGACAGGAAUGUCAAUUUCACCGAGGAGGUGCUCCAGCUCCUGCGCCAGAUCGCCAUCACGCAGGCGGAGCACCAGCACCGGGUGCUCGAGAGACUUGACCAGCUCGGAUGCUCGAACGGCGGCCCCGCUACCAUCACGGAAUACACCCAGGCGCCUGCAGCCCCAUCCCCGAGAUCGGAACGGCGGUUUUCAUCAUUUGGGCACUGUCUGCUAUCGGAGCAGGGUCCCUCUGUCAACUCGGAGGUUCCCCGGGUCAGCGUGCCGACGUUCGAGGUGACCACCUCCACGCAAGGGGAGCGCGAAACCACCGUUUCCCAGCCCAGCAGCUUCUCGGCGGGCACCAACGCAGACCGCCAAGAGCACCGCAUCCGUGCGGGAUUAAGGUUCAGUGGCAUCCUCAAGGCGAACAAGGUGAAAGACAUUUCACAGUUUGACCGCACACAAGUAGUUCUGCGGAGGCUUGGGCUGACGGAUGCCGUUGAGUGGGAUGACGGAAUCGCUCGGCAAGUUGCUAUCAAUCGGCAGAUGAAGACGCUUUACGGCAGUGAUGGUGGUGUUGGUUCUUGGGUGCGUAGGUGUUGUUUUGCUCUGCUGGCCCACCCGAAGUUCGACAUCAGCAUGGGCACAGUGAUCGUGCUCAAUGCGAUUAUCAUUGCCGUUGAGCUCACAGUCACGCCGACGGAGGAGGAUGAAACUGCAGCGUCGCGGCUGGCGUUCGGGAUCUUGGAGAGUAUCUUUCUCAGCAUUUAUUUGUUGGAGCUUAUUUUUCGCAUUGUUGGUUGUGGUCGAAAGUGUUUGUCGAAUCCGUGGGUGAGAUUUGAUUUGGCCCUCGUAUGUGUUGGUGUUCUGGGGGCGUGGAUUGUGCCCAUCAUCAUAAUGAUUGCCGGAGACGCCCUCGAGAAACUCGUGCCGAGCGCGAUGUUCCUGCGCAUCUUCCGUUUGGCACGUCUCGUCCGGGCGCUCCGCUUAUAUGUGCAGUGUCACUCCCUUUGGAUGCUGAUCUCUGGGCUUUUCUCGUCGCUGCCCACGAUGUUGAACGUGUUCUUUGUCCUCCUGAUGGCCAUUUUCGCGUUCGCGUGUCUGGGCGUGGAGGUGAUGACAGGCCUCCGCGGGGCGGCGUCCCAAGAGAUGGUGGACAACUAUUUCGCCACGUUGCCGAUGAUCAUGCUGACGCUCAUGCAGUUUGUGACCAUGGACAGUGUGGCACCCAUAUACACGACGAUGAUCAGGGAAAACGUCUGGCUCAUGUUUUUUUUUCUGCCCUUCCUUCUGGUGGUGUCCGUCAUCCUCAUGAACCUGGUGACCGCCCUGGUCAUCAAGGUGUUCUGGGACCAUCAUCAGCGCGACCAGCAAACGCGGAAGAUAUUGAACGCGCAGCGCAUGUCAGAACUGGUGCCGCAACUGAGGAACAUAUUCGAAGAAUUGGAUCUGGAUGGCAGUGGCUGUGUCACCGCGGAGGAAUUGACCUCUGCUCCCGAGGCGUUUCAGCACGAGUUGGAGAGGCUGCUCAAUGUGGACUCUCUCCACGAUCUCUUCGAAGCUUUGGACGCAGACGGCUCAAUGGAGGUGACAAUAGACGAGUUCUUGGAAGAGAUGACGCAGCUGGUGUGCUGCAACCAGUCCCUGGAGAUCACACGCAUCAUCAAGCUGCAGGUGCUGAUCAGACAGGACCUCGCCGAGCUGAAGGACAUGUGCAAGGGGAGGCACGGUCUGCCCGCGCUCGGAGACGGCUUGAUCACGACCAGAAGCGCGCACCGGGAAGUCCCUGUCACGGUCAGCAGUCCGCAGCAGGAAGUCUUGAACACAGCCAGAUGCUCGGCGCAGAUGAGCAUCCCGCCCGAGUAGGAGUGACUGCAGUUGGAUGCGACCAGUCAACAGAUUUGCCUCUGAUGCGAGCCUGAGUAGUUCAGAGAGGAGCGCACCGAGUGCCCGCGCCUGAAGAGUUUGCACAGCACCUGCUGCCGAAACAGAAGAGCCAGGCCACGAUCGGCCGGCGCUUCUGCGACAUAUUGCCGUCUGACAGCGUGCGUCGGCUGAGGUCCCACUGUAGCCUGUGCUCUGCGCUGUUUCUCGGUUCGUCUUCUCCUCGCACGGAGGAGGAAGCAAGGGAGGGCGAGGGAGGAGGGAGAGAGGACCGCCCGAGCCAGAUGUCCUUCUCGACCUCGCUCUCUGGACUCGAGCACGGUUGCCGCUGUGCGUGGAGCUGCUGCCUCUGGCUGCACUGCCUCCGGUUGCGGCCGCAGCAUUUUCGCAGAAGGAGCAAGAGACAGAGAGAGAGAGAGGGAAAAGGGGGGACCCGGCGGGUGAUCGAUUCAGACUGCCUCCAUGGCGCUACCUCCGUUGACGCUUGCGCAUGGGUUGCCAGCGAUGUGGCCUUCUGGACGCCGAGCUCUUGGGUGUUGGCGGCCCCCAUCGCCGACGAGGUGGUGGGAAAGCCGGUUCGAUUCAUUGCGACGCGAACCGUUUUAAUAAUGAUGGCAAGGGGCGUAGGGGUCUCGAAGCGUCGGCAUGGUCAGAGCCAACGCGAUGGGACUUGCGCCCCCCGCCGUGCGCGCGCCCUUGGGCCCGUGGUUUUCACACUGGCUCCUGGCAGCGUGCUGGCGGCCCUUGCAAUCAUGCCAGAGUGGCGCAAUGUAGUUUCACUUCCGCUGGCAGGUUGAAUGAUUGGGGGCACGGGGAGAGUAAUGCCAAGGGGGGAUACGCGGAGGAAGAGGAGGGGUAGGAUAAGAACCAGGGUAUGGAUUGAGCUUGCCAGCGGGCAGGCAGGGUUGGAAGUGGCCGCCCGUACUCGGACUUGCCGCCAGCCCCCAAGAGGCCCACUGGAGGCUGUCGCGGCAAGUCUGGGAUUGCCAUGGCGACCUCGCCAGGACGGUCUGAGUCGCCCCUGGGCUGCUUUGUAUGUGCUGUCAUAACUUGCGGCAGCCUGUCUCCAAACAACAUCAGCCGCACCUCGAUGCUUGCCAGCAGCCCAGUACCUCUUGGGGCGCUGCUGCUGCCGGCGCAGGGCCAGGGGCCGUCUAAGACGACCCCAGACCCUGCACCAGGAGCAGAACACCCCGAUCGGCCUGAAGCCGCCAGCUGGCUUCGAGAGGAGGGCGAGGAGCACGACGGAAAUCUGGGGCGGCAGGCGCCCCACCGCUUCGAUGAGAGCAAAGACCAUACUAAGACACUCAAGCGCUUGAUCUCCCAGGGGCGAAAAAUGGCGACAGUGGUCGGCGGCCGACUCCAAGGCGUCGAGUUCGGAAAGGGCAUCAUCACGAAGCGCACCCUCCCCCUGCCCCUCCUGUUCUCCCCUUCCUCCUCCUCCUCCUCCUCCUCCUCCUCCUCCUCCUCCCUCCCCCUUCGUCUGGACAAGCUCGUGCGUCAGCUCUGGCUGCGACCGCGCGCCGCCCUGUCCGAGGACUCCUCUCUGCGGCGACUCUCCGCGCCUCGCGCGGCGGAGGCAGGGGCGCAGAGAGGACUGGGUUUCUAGGACGGGCUUCGUGCCACAUCGAGUGACCGCGCUUCCGCUCCGCGGGAUCGUCUGGCCGGCAGGGCAUCCUUUCCAGGCUCGCACAUGUGGGAGAUUGCACCUGCGGAUGCGCACGGCGGACCGCC